AUGGUAGCUAAGGGCAGUGCAAGAAAUGUCAUGGAUAAGCUGUUAGCGACGAAAUCGCUGUUUCAGCUGUCUACUGACGGGUACGCUCAGAAAGACAAUGUAAGAAUGACAGAACAGAAAACAGUUGGAACUGUUGCCAGGUCAGUGGAUUCCGGGGAAGGAAUUCGGUCUAGGACUUGCUGUUUCUACACGUGCUGUGUCUUCAUCAACAGAUAUCACGAGGAGCCGAUGUUCCGCCAGCAUGUCAUCAGAACAGGCUGUCUGUAUCUAGCAUUGUUUACUCUCGGAUUUGCAAAGGGACAGAUAGGUCCGUCUUUCAUAGAUCUCCAAACCGUCAGCGGAGUUGGUCUGGAAGAGGGUUCUGCUCUCCUGACCACGAUUUACGUCGGGUAUAUGGGCGGGGCCUGUGUGGGUGGCUUCAUGUACAUUAAGAUAAAGAGAGUGUUCACCUUGACAGGAGCUAACAUCCUGUUGGCAGUUGUCACACUGGUGAUACCUUGGUGUUCUUUGUACUGGCUCAUGCUGGCUGCAUUCUCUCUCUUCGGCUUAAGUCUAGGAGUGACAGAUUCAGUCGCGAGCGGGGACUUGCAGUACACAUGGGGAAAUAAUGGACGUCCAUAUAUGCAAGGUAUGCAGCUUAUGUACGCUAUAGGUAUAGCGUUAGCCCCUCUUAUUGCGGCUCCAUUCCUGUCCUAUUCAGCAAGGUCUGACUUCAAGCGAAAUGAAUCUGACAUCAAUAUUUGUGUUUAUAAUUCAAAUGGAACAACAUCGUCGACUACACUGCCCUGUUUCAACAACGAAAUGUACAACAUAUCUACAAAUUUUUCAAUAUCUACAGAACAUCAAACAGCUGAGAAAUCACAGCUUUACCUGUCAUAUAUGUUUACGACAGUGUUCAGUGUUCUCGUCUGUGCAGCAUUUAUUGUCUUCUACUUUCGGUUUGAACGAGAAAAUCGAAACGUUAAUCAUGAACUAAGCGUCUCCAAAAAAUAUGAUAUCAGGAAGCUCCCAAAGUCACUGAAAUGUUUAGCACUCGGGAUGUUAGUCAGUAUAUCUGGAUUGAUUUGUUGUAUUGACGAUACUUUUCUCGGGUUUCUAACCACGUUUUGUGUGAAACACCUGAAUUGGACUAAAUCUCAAGGAGCCGUGUUAACGUCUGCGUCUAGUUCCAUGGUAGUAGUCGGCAGAAUGGUGGCAGUGUUUGUAAUACAGUUUAUCAGCCCAGUUACCCUCGUAGGUAUCCAUUCUUUCGUUACAUUGCUGUCUUUUGUCGGCUUUUACUUCAGCGCCAUCCAUUUAUCAAACAUUGGAGUGUGUUUUGCCGCCCUUGGAUUUGGAUUUGGAAAGUCGGCAAUUUUGCCGAGUGUGUUUUCCUGGAUCGAGGAGGUUGUUGCCCCAGUAACUGGCAAAAUAGCGGGCGUAGUUUUCUUUGUGAUAACCGCGUUGACAUCCGUUAAUCCUGUUAUUAUGGCAAAUAUGAUGGAAAACUUGACCGACAUUUGGUUUGUGUUGCUGUUACUUGGGGAGAGUACAUUAUUGUUCCUCGCGUACAUAGCUACUGUGGUGUUAUCUAAAUACAUUGUAUCUGAUUAUGGGUAUACGUACAAUAAAACAAACGAAUUCACUGAACCUUCUCUAACAGAUCAACAGGAGGUUACAGAUGAUACGAUUUGA